CACAUGGGUGCGUUCCAUUAUUCUCCCUUUGGUUUCCUCGUUCCCUAUUCGCUAGUGAACGCUUUAUAGGCUCCAAGAAGACAAAUUGGAACCCAGCCCGCUUAGCCGUGACCGCGCAAGAUACUCUGGGUAAUAGCCAUGGUCGUGUGAUGACAUUGGGAUAGAAACUCUGAGACGGCGAACUGACAGACUUGGAGAACGAUGGGAGUCACAGGGUCCGCGAUGGGCGUCCCAACCGUCUGGGCCGAGGCCGCGGUGGCCACGCCCCCCCAGGGCUGUCCCAUGGAUCGGGAAGACCCCGCCCCAAAAGCUGCCCCCCCUCCAGGGUGCCCCAUGCACCAAAGCUCUGCUGGUGGCGCCGUGCCUCCGGCCCCUGAGGCUCCAGCGGCCCCUGCGGCCCCCGCGGGUCCGGCCCACCAGGACCGAGCCUAUGAGUUUGUGGGGUGCCCCAUGAAGGCUGCAGCGUCGGGCGGACAGAACGACAUCGACCCCACGAACAUGAUGCCUCCUCCGAACCAGAGCCCCGCCCCCGACCAGCCCUUCCCGCUGCCGCUCAACAGGAAGGAGUCAAACAUCCCCCGACAUGGCAGCGACCAGAAGUGGGUGUACCCCUCAGAGCAGAUGUUCUGGAACGCCAUGCUGCGCAAAGGGUGGCGCUGGCGCGAGGAGUCCCUGGAUCCUCAGGACAUGAGCAACAUCAUCAAGAUCCACAACGAGAACAACGAGCAGGCCUGGCAGGAGAUCCUCAAGUGGGAGGCGCUGCACGCCGGAGAAUGCCCUUGUGGCCCCUCCCUCAAACGAUUUGGAGGGAAAGCCAAAGAAUAUUCUCCAAGGGCGCGGAUUCGAUCCUGGAUGGGGUACGAGCUCCCGUUCGACCGCCAUGACUGGAUCGUGGACCGCUGUGGGCGGGAGGUGCGCUACGUCAUCGACUACUACGACGGCGAGAUCAACAAGGAGAACUACCAGUUCUCCAACCUGGACGUGCGCCCCGCCAUCGACUCGCUGGACGCCGUCUGGGACCGCGUGAAGGUGGCCUGGUGGCGCUGGACCUCCUAGGGCCUCCCAAGACCUCCAGACAUCCACCCUGCCCAUGGAGAAACAUGGGACAGGGGCGGGGGGGCGCGCCUUCAUCUGGACCCUGAGGUCUGUGCACCCUGAAGCGAGGAGCACAGAUCAAGACUCUUGACUUUCACCUCUAUCAGCAGAAGUUGUGCCGCGACAUCCAUCUCAUCUGGGGAUGGAUGUGAUGCUCUUCUGAAGUCCAUGUUUAGACCACUUCAGUCUCUAAGAGGACUCCAUCACCAUGAACCUUUUCUGAGUAAAACCACACGGCUGGCCUCCUGAAUCAUGUUGAAGGGAUUCACAGGAUCCCAGGGGUACCUACACUCCAACCCUGCUCCUCAGAGCUUUGACGAGGCUUCCCUCCUCGACCUGAAGCAGAUCAAAUCCCGAAGUGAAGCUGUAGGCCCGGAGAAGAUCCGUGAGAUCAGGCAGAGGUCACCCACCUGGUUCCUUCAGACCGUUUGAAUAUUCUGUAUUUCUUUGUUUAACUAUGCUAUUCUAGCAGACCGAAUGAGGACCAACACACUGACAGCUUCCACUGUGAUGCUGCCGUCUCGGUCAAUUAGAACCAAGGAACGCUUAUUCAGACCAUGCUCAUGACCAUGGGCAAUGGGGGGGUAAUGAAUGUGUGGAGGGUAACGUAUGUGUGAAGGGUAACGUAUGUGUGAAGGGUAACGUAUGUGUGGAGGGUAACGUAUGUGUGGAGGGUAACGUAUGUGUGGAGGGUAACGUAUGUGUGAAGGGUAACGUAUGUGUGGAGGGUAACGUAUGUGUGGAGGGUCAUGUAUGUGUGUCGAGGGGGGGGUAAUGUGUGUCGCGGGUGAUGUGUGUGUGUGUGUGUGUGUGUGGGGGGUAAUGCAUGUGGACUGUAAUGUAUGUGUUGAGGUGAUGUGUGGGGGGGGGGUAAUGUAUGUGUAGAGUGUAAUGUAUGUGUGAGGUAGUGUGUGUGUGGGGGGGGGGGGGGGGGGCUGUGUAAGUGAGGGGUUCCGUGGUUUAACUUUGAAGUGCAGCUGAAUGUUUGGUUCUCAAAGCCUCGAUUGACUUGAGGUGUAAAACUAUCGAUGUUCAUCCCUCAUGAAAUCAAAACUUGUUUCAAUGUGUUGAUCUAGAUUUAGCAGCCUUGAUAUACUGUAAUUAUAGCUUGGAUAUUUAUUCAUUUGGUCAUAAAGCGAUUCAAACAGCCACGUAUUUCCUGACCCAAUGUGUGCUGAUACACGUUCAGUGUAGUCUCCUUUGGUUGCGUGAACUUCAUGAUGUAUAGAGGUCUUCAGCUGUGAGGCCAUCUCAAAUCAACUAGUCCACCGUUGAAGUGCUUAUCAAUAAAAGUGUACCAUUGACUGUACAA